AUGCUUGUACAGUUUGUGUCAGAUGUGGUACCAAUACCAAGUGCAAAAGCAAGGCUACUGUCCCAAAACCACCUUGGAGAUCAGGGCUUAAUCUGUCGUGACAGCCAGCCAAUGAUUAGCUCAAUAUUCCUUCAGAACAACUAUGGACACCUAACAAUACCUUCAAUCUAUAUGAUAGAGGUGGUGGUGGGCAAGGGAGCCAUUCAAUUUACCCUUGGAGAAGACAGGAAUUUUGACAUAGAUGUUUUGUAUGGUUGGGCUAGCUCAUUGACGAUUAUGCACUUCCAUCAUUUUGAUAUGGAUGGUAAUAUACAUGUUCACCAUCAUUUCGACCAUCCAUUCAUCGAGCACAUUGUGAUCCAGUUCAUUUGGUAUCUUAGACACAAGACCUUCCUUGGGGAAUCUCCACUCACAAAGAUCAACUACAUCAUCAUGAUCGUUGUCACAGCUGUGCACUGUCUGGUCCAUAGCAACAAAUUUGUUGAGAUCAUCAACAUCCUCGAUGGUCUUGAUGAAGAAGAUAAAAAGGCAUUGGAAAGUUUUGAACUUGAUAUGCUCAAAGUUGGACCAUCACAGAUGCACAGUGAUGUUAAGGCUGAUCAUCAUGAUGAUUUACACAAUAUAGUGUAG